CUCGCAUCGUGACUCACCAUAACGAGAACGACUUUUUCCGGCAAAAGUGGCCUGUACACAUGCGGAGGCAAAGUCGCCGCGACAAACGUGCGUUCAACUAUGGUGAUGUCGACUCGGAAAUCACGUCCGAAGCGAAGUCCGAAAGCACUCGAUGGAGCUGAGCUUUCUCAGCAAACCGAAACGCUUCAGUGGUUGUCGCUGAAUUACGAAGCGCUAACCGGCAUGUGCAUACCACGGUGCACUGUGUACCAGCACUAUUUGGACUUCUGCAGAAGGAAGCGUUUCCAGCCUCUUGGUGCAGCUGCCUUUGGGAAACUAAUAAGACACAGGUUUCCUGCUGUUACGACCAGGAGGCUUGGUACCCGUGGCCAGUCAAGAUACCAUUAUUACGGUAUCGAGGUACGAAAGUCUUCGAUGUACUACAACGAAGUUCACAGUGGCAAGGAUAUCACGAGAUUCUCGGGAGAAAAAGUAAAACGAACAGAGCAGACGAAACAUUGUCAAUUACACUCGCCACAAGACAAUGAAAGAAGGACAGCGCUAUCGUUCCUUUGUGGUCCGGACGACUUCAACUUUUCUGAAGGGGCUGAACAAAUUCGAGCGUUUCUGGACUUGUACGCGAAUCACUGCCAUAGCUUGCUGGAAACAUGCGUCAGUGCGAACUUUCGGAAGAUCGAAGCAAUUGUGGAACAAUUCUGGCACAGUAUUCCCAAGCAGAUGCACGGCACAAUGAACGGUAGAUUCUUUGCAACGUUAGUGGCAGUCUGGGAUUAUCAGCUUUACAAGGCAGUUGAGCAAGUAUUAGUACCAAGCGCCAUUCAGGACAUACCAGAGAGUUUCGAAAAGGAAGUGCGUUACCUUAUAGAAGGUUUUCCAGGAUGGGUGGCAUCAGCAGUGACGAUAUCUAAAAUACGCUGCGCAAAAAUUCAAGUAUUGCAUCAAUUCCUCAAGGUACUCAAAAGGCAACUCUCAUUCAUUAAAGUAGCGCAGUCGUGCAGACACAUCAUGAGCCAUCCCGACAACAUUCAACAUGUGCUCAUAGACAUCAACAGAUUGAACGUCAAAGACGUCACCGCCGAAGGGUUGUGUCUGCACCCACCUAGCAUAUCGAAUUCUAUUGGAGUGGUAGAGCUCUUGUCCCUUCUCAGAAAACAUGCGUCUGUUGAAGACCUCACUGAGUGGAUAGACAUGGCCAUCGACAACACAAUCAGAGAACACUACCAACCCGGCUUGCACCGCAGUGACGUCAUUAGAGAAUUUCUGCUGGCGUGGGUCCUGAUCUUCUCCGCGAUCAUGCGCCACCUAACGCUAGCCAGCGCAGCCAGUUUCAGUCAGCUCCACCUGGUACGGGUGACCUUGGAGGAGUACAUGCUUCUUGCCUUGGAGACGGCCAUAGCUAGAGAAGCGUCGUGUAGACAACGCGAAGAACUACUGGUGUAUGCUGUUAAUCCUGAGGGACUAAGAGUUAGGCUUUGCGUGGACCCGGGCACGGCAUCGUGAGGACCUGAUGAAUGGAAAGAGCGAAACAGCAGUCGAGUGAUCCAAUGAAGGAUUUUCUUUAAAAACAUUAACACUGACCUUGCUUUCGCAUAAAAUACGUUCUAGGAUGAGUUGCCGUUUUACGUCUCGCCAGUGUGGCCAGACACUUGGAAUGGGAGAACUUUUAUGUCUAUGCGGCUCAGGCGGUGCAGGCAAGGUACCGAAGUAACGGCGAACCAGCUGCUUCAGGGGAACUUUACCUUCCCCUGAAUGAGAUGAGGUCAAACGCAUUUAAUGACGUCAGUGUGACGACAUCGUGAAGACGUGGGGGCGUGCCUAUGACGACAUGCAUGUUUCACUUGGUAUUGGCGAC